UUGCCUCAUAUAUCACCCGGAGCUGUCCUGGUGCUGAAAACAGAAUCACCCGCGCUACGACUGGGAGGAGAUGCUAUACACGUUUACUACUGUCGUCUGAGCUACUUGCCAAAAGAUGCUGUCACUCCCCAAGCUAUCCACGGGGAAAACUGUUGUUCUCGCCUGCCUCCUCCAUGCGUGCGCGUCCCUCCCCCGCCAUCACAGGCUCAGAGGCGGGGAGUCAGAGGACCGGCAACCCGCUGCAUACCCACCCAGCUCAGACAUGAUCAAAGCCCUGGAGUACAUCGAGAGCCUGAAGCAGCGGACAGACGGGGGCAGAGAGCGAGAAGAGCCAACAAGAGACUAUGAUGAGGUCGAAAAGUUCCACAUCCUCCUCCAGCUCGCUUCUCUCCAGGACGAAGGCGCACCCGAAAGGCAGUCUCCCUCGCCAACCCAGAGGCAGCAAGACAUCCCGGCUGAGCAGCUGGUGAGAGCCUUGCUCAGGACCCUCCAGGAGCAGCCCGCUAGUCCCCCCAGACCCGCUCCCGUGGUGCCGGGGAACGAACGUCGCACGCACAGGUACCAAUCGGUGAACACAGGCAGCCCCGUAAAUGCACCUGCCUACGGUGGCUUCCCGAGGCCGCACAAGAAGUACCCGCUAAUGUUCGAGGACGAGGAGAAUAGGGACAGCGCCAAGCGCGCUACGGAGGACCUGGACGAACAAUACACCCCUCAGAGCCUUGCUAACCUGCGCUCCAUCUUCGAAGAGCUGGAGAAACUAUCCACAUCCAAUGGCCAGAAGCGCGGAAUUUUUGAUGAUGAUGAUGAUGAUGAUGAUGAUGAUUUAUUCAGUCUGAGGAACCUGGCCUACGAGGAUGUGGCGGGCGGGGAGGAGUGGAUUCCUUUAGAAGAGCAGGUCGAGACGGAGGAGGUGGUAAACGGGAGCCACGAGGAGUUCGACAGGGCUCUGGAGCAGAACUAUGACGAGGAUGAAGAGGAGGAAGGCGAUGGAAUGCAGGUGCAGCGCAGAGCCAGCCAGGACAAAGAGGACCCAGAGGACAAUACUAAACUAGUGGAUUAUUACCUGUUGAAGAUACUGGAGAUGAGUGAACAUGAGACAGCAAAGAGGCAAGCUGGAGAGCAAAAAAAUAGAGUGAUUCGCCACCCCCUGGUCGACCCCCAGGCCCUGAACGAGCUGUUAGAGAUCUCCCUCAAGCUCCACAUCCCCCCGGAGGACCUCAUCGAUAUGCUAAUCACCGAGGAGAUCAGAAAACUAGACCGUCACCCGCAAGCCUCUUCCCGCUACAGAACCAAACCGAAGAUCAGAUACUAUAGUCGGAGACUACCAGUCAAAAACGCUCCUGAGGACAUGGACGAGGAAGACUUCUUGAAAAUCAUUGAAAUGGAAACCAUCAGCAACGACUAUCCUGUGAGUCGGAGGCCGCUCAAAAGUGUCUCUGUCCCGGCCAGGGUUUCAGCACCACCCGCCCCGGCGAGAGUUUCAGCACCAGCACCAGCGGCUCCUCCAAAAAUCCCAGCUCAGUCCGGCCGAAGGGAAAACUUAUUUAUGUCGGAGCUCAACAAGAUGCCUUUUAGGAGAGAAGCUGAUGACGAUGACGAGGCGGACGAAGACGAGAUAACAACAUUUCUGGCGGCCAAAAUAUUAACGGAGUACCCUAGCACCAUCAGCAAACGCGACACCCAAUCUCAGGCGAACGGACAGUUUCCUUAUGAGCUAUACGAACAAGCCAUGAAAGAUUACUUUGACCAAGCGGACAGUGAGAAAGCAGGCACGCUGACAAAGAGAGAUUCAGUUGCUAACGAGGAGGUAGUGGCGUCCACGGAGACGCAGGUGAAAGAUGAGGUAAAGCCAGAGACCGCGGCUCCAGAGUCUGAGAAAGAGGAGGAAAAGGAGCGUCGCGGAAAACCAUUUGCUGGAAUGUAAGCUAAGAUCUGAGGUCAAGCACGACAUCCUCUACUGAAAUAUUAAUAAGUCAUGUUUAUACUAUCUCAAAAUUACCCGUCUGCUGGACAUACUCUGGUUUACAUAAAAUGUGUAUAUACAUGAAGUAACAUAUAUGAAUUAUAUCAGUGUGCUGGGCAUGGAGGCAAAGUGUGUUGUGUAAACAUCUGGGUUUGUGAGUUUCCAAUCUUGUAACAUUGUGAAAAUGUAAUUCCCUGAUAUAGGCUAGAGUAAGACCGUCACCGUCCUGCCUUCCAACCCUGUAACGCUGCAAGCUCUGUAAUCGCUGAACUCUCUCUAUUGUUGUGGUAUAUAUGCUCAUUUUUAAACCAUUUUGUACGUGUUUAAUAAUGUGUGACGAGUUGGAGAUGAAUAAAGCAUUAGCGGUA